AUGGCAAUGAUUGACGUCUCACGGCAGAAGAGGUCACUUCUAGCUGAUGCGAUCGUAUUACAUCAUCUGCCUCCGGAAUUACUUGACAUUAUCCGGCAGCAAUCAACGACAAAAGUCUUGGACGCAGUAACACAGGCGGCGCUAUACCCGCCACUUACAGAGCGAGUCUUUGUGCAUUUUGAAAAUGUCUUUCCCGACAUAUAUUUCAAGCUCGAGGCUCUGGUUCAUGAGCAUGUUGGAAAGGAAGAGGCUGUGACCGGAAGUCUGGAUGGCGCCUCGGUGGAUUUUGGGUUUCUCUCACUGUAUGAGCAGAACCGAGCGCAACGGGUGCUUGAUUUACAAGCUCAACUGAAGUGUGAAGAAGAUACUGGUGAGGAAAAAGAAUGUUUGCAGACACUUACGCCGUACGUUGUCUCAUAUGGAGACAUCUUGCUCCCUCGACCGCAUGGCCCUGUUGGCGAUCCCUCCUCACUCGUCAUGACCAACACCACUACCAGAAAUCUCGAACGUCUAGCGACCUUAUUACGAAAUGCGGAUCCAAUUCUGCUCUAUGGAAUGGCUGGGGUAGGCAAGACAUCACUCAUACGCGAAAUCGCCACACAACUCGGCAUGUACUCCAACAUGGUCACACUUCACUUGAACGAUCAAACAGACGCGAAGAUGUUAGUGGGCUUAUAUGCAACGGACAGUAAACCAGGAAGCUUUCAGUGGCGGCCAGGUGUUUUGACGACUGCAGUCAAGGAAGGCCGAUGGGUCCUGGUUGAGGAUCUCGAUAGGGCGCCAACAGAAGUGCUGAGCACUCUCCUUCCUCUAAUUGAGCGCAAGGAGUUGCUUAUUCCAAGCCGUGGAGAACAAAUUAAAGCUGCCAGUAGCUUUCGACUCUUCGCUACCGUUCGAACAUCACGAGGGCUAAAUGGCCGGGAGAAUUUACCGUCCCUAGUUGGUAUGCGGUUUUGGCAAACCCUCUACACGGAUCCCCUUACUCAGCCAGAGCUGGAAGAAGUCGUCAUACAAACGUACCCUAUACUCCGCAAAUUUGUGCCAGGAAUCCUCGCCGUUCACAGACGAUUAGCUCAACUGGGUAGCAACGUCAGCCUCAUGUCUCGUGGACGGAGUGUGAUGGACCGCCAAGUCAAUCUCCGCGAUCUUUUGAAGUGGUGUCGCAGAUUGAAGGAAUGCUUGCUCACUGCAGGUUCUACAAAUGGAGAUGAGCCUAUUAGCGAAACGACAAGAGACUGGAUGUUCAUGGAGGCAUUAGACUGCUUCGUUGGCAGCUGUCCCGAUGUUGAAUUGGGUAGAGUCUUGACUUAUGCAAUUGCGGAAGAAAUGCACUUGUCCAAAGAUUGGGCAGACCACUAUUUGUCUGCCAAUAUACCCCCUUUGGAAGAAAAUGACCGUGCAUUUUGUGUCGGACGAGCUCAGCUACGGAAGAAGAGACUACAUUCCAGAUUACAAAAGUCGAAACGCCCAUUUGCAAGCACAGCUCACGCCAAAAGGCUGUUGGAGCAAAUUGCGGUGGCAGUCAAGCUUGAAGAACCUGUACUGUUGGUUGGUGAAACAGGUAUAGGCAAGACCACUGUUGUCCAGCAACUGGCCGAUUCACUAGGUCAUAAGCUCAUUGCGGUGAAUCUAUCACAACAGAGCGAGGUUGGCGACCUGCUUGGCGGAUUUAAGCCGGUCAAUGUGCGCAGUCUUGCGGUGCCGCUGAAGGAGGAAUUUGAGGACUUGUUUGCUGCCACGGGAAUAUCUGCAUCCAAGAAUCAGAAAUACUUGGAGCAAGUUGGCAAAUGCUUCGCCAAGUCACAGUGGUCAAAACUAUCCAAGCUCUGGAGAGAGGCGCCGAAAAUGUUCACCAAAAUUGUGAUUGAGCUUGAACGCAGCCAAGGAGACCAGGCAGAGGCUCGAGAUGGCGAUGCACAGCCCGCGAAGCGUCGAAAGACGCAGUCAAAGCUGCAAACGCUCCUAGAGCUGCGACCACGAUGGGACUCCUUUUCACGGAAUUUGGAACAAUUUGAUGUCCAGAUAUCCGGAGGGUCGGGGGCUUUCGCCUUCAGCUUUGUGGAAGGCAACCUCGUCAAAGCCGUUCGUAAUGGCGACUGGGUGCUUCUGGACGAAAUUAACCUUGCGUCUCCUGAUACCUUGGAAAGUAUUGCAGAUCUCCUAACCGGCCCUAAUGAGCGACCUUCGAUUCUACUCUCAGAAACGGGAGAAAUCGAGAAAAUCGUGGCACAUCCCGAUUUUCGCAUAUUCGGCGCCAUGAAUCCUGCAACAGAUGUCGGAAAACGUGACCUACCUAUUGGUAUUCGCUCACGUUUUACCGAGCUUUAUGUCAAAAGCCCCGAUACAGACCUGAAGGACCUUCUCACCAUCAUCAAGACUUAUAUGGGCAAUACAAGCACAAAGAGUGACCAAGCUGCGGAUGAUAUUGCGCGGCUGUACUUGAACACCAAGCGUAUGGCCGAGGAAAGGAGACUGGUUGACGGCGCAAAUGAAGUUCCUCACUUCAGUUUGCGAACAUUGACCAGGGUCUUGAGCUAUGUUGGUAACAUUGCGCCGCUUUACGGUGUUCGCCGUGCACUGUACGAAGGCUUUUCUAUGGGCUUCCUGACUUUGCUGGACAGAGACUCUGAAAAAAUGUUGUUGCCACUAAUCUAUCACCACCUUCUGGACAAGCAUGGCAAUCCGCAGUCAUUAUUAUCACAGCCCCCUAAGCACCCAAAUGACGGUCGUCAAUACGUCAAGUUUCAGAACAAAAACCGUGACCGCCAUUACUGGUUGUUCCAAGGUGACCAGACUCCAAUCAAACGAGACGACUACAUCAUUACCCCCUACGUUGAACGAAACCUUCUAAACUUGGUCCGAGCCACCUCGACAAGACGAUUCCCUAUUCUGAUUCAAGGCCCAACAUCCGCGGGCAAAACCAGCAUGAUCGAAUAUCUGGCCAAUUUCACUGGUAACAAGUUCGUUCGCAUCAAUAAUCACGAGCACACCGACCUUCAGGAGUAUUUAGGGACUUACGUAUCAGGCCCUGAUGGAAAAUUACGCUUCCAAGAGGGAUUACUUGUUCAAGCUAUGAGACAAGGUCAUUGGAUCGUGCUUGAUGAACUUAACCUGGCACCUACCGAUGUACUGGAGGCUCUGAACCGACUCCUGGACGACAAUCGCGAACUUCUGAUCCCUGAAACUCAGGAAAUCGUUAGGCCUCACGAAAACUUCAUUCUGUUUGCAACCCAGAACCCUCCUGGCCUGUAUGGAGGUAGAAAAGUUCUUUCACGAGCCUUCAGGAACAGAUUUUUGGAGCUUCAUUUCGAUGAUAUUCCUGAGGAUGAACUUGAGUACAUCCUCCAACAGCGGAGUCGAAACACCUCGCCGCCUGACUGUCGACGCAUUGUGACGGUAUACAAGGAGCUUUCUCGACUUCGGCAAACAAGCAGGCUUUUUGAGCAAAAGGAUAGUUUCGCAACUUUGCGAGACUUAUUCCGGUGGGCACUCAGAGAAGCCGAUACGAGAGAAGACAUUGCUGCGCACGGUUUUAUGCUCCUCGCCGAAAGGGUCCGCAACGAGGAGGAGCGUAUUGCUGUCAAAGGAGUUAUCGAGAAUGUCUUCAAAGUCAAAUUGGACCCUCAAGAAUUAUACUCUGCCUUCAAAGCCCCUGAACUGAAGAAUUUGACCCAGAAAGCAAAUGCUCAAGGCGUGGUUUGGACUCAUGCGAUGCGGAGAUUGUACGUACUAGUUUCUCGAGCUAUUCGGAAUAAUGAGCCUGUUCUACUGGUUGGAGAGACGGGUUGUGGCAAGACUACAGUCGUUCAACUGCUCGCAGAAGCCCUCAACCAAGAACUACACAUUGUGAAUGCUCAUCAAAAUACGGAGACUGGAGACCUUAUUGGGUCUCAAAGACCUGUCCGCAACCGUGGCGCCAUUCUUGAUGCCAUACGCACAGAUUUGAUGAUGGUCUUUGAAUCUCUAGGCAUGGAAAUUGCAACGUCUGUGGAAGAAAAUAUGGAAAAGUACAAAACUCUCCCCCAAACAGUCAUGGACACAGUGCCCCAGUCUAUUCGCGACCGACUGGCAGGAAAUGAGAGCAGGUCGAAGGCAUUGUUUGAGUGGUCUGACGGCGCAUUGGUCGAGGCCAUGAGAGGUGGCCACUUCUUCUUAUUAGAUGAAAUCUCGCUGGCGGACGAUUCCGUGCUGGAAAGACUCAAUUCUGUUCUCGAGCCCCAGAGAACGUUGCUUCUGGCAGAGAAAGGUAUCGAUAAUUCUUUCGUUGUGGGUGCUGAUGGAUUUCAAUUCUUUGCUACCAUGAACCCGGGGGGUGACUUUGGCAAGAAAGAGCUUUCGCCCGCCCUACGAAAUCGAUUCACGGAAAUCUGGGUACCCCCUUUGUCCGAAAGCGAAGACAUAUACGAUAUUGUCAAGACCAAACUUGUAGAUGGAUCCAAGCAUCUGGUUGAUGCCAUGGUUGACUUCGCGUCCUGGUUCGCUAGGAAAUUUCGGUCCAUGGCGACGAGUGCGUUCUCUGUUCGAGAAAUUCUGGUUUGGGUCCAGUUCAUCAAUAGCUUCAAGGCCAACGAUCCCAUCAUCUCGUUCGUCCACGGUGCAUCAGCCAUCUUCGUCGACAGCAUCGGUGCCAAUCCUUCAGCCAUGCUAGCCACUGAUCUGAAAACUGUCAACGCCCAAAGAUGGGAGUGUCUGAACAAGCUGGGCGAACUCAUCGGCCAGGACGUAUCAAAAAUCUACCCGACGGAGCCGAUGCUUUCAAUAACGGAUAAUCUCCUGUCCAUUGGUGACUUCAGCAUACCGCGUGAUCCAACGGGCUCUGCAGACCCUACUUUCGCAUUCCAUGCCCCUACAACGCGACUCAAUGCGAUGAGAGUCGUUCGAGCACUGCAGAUGAGAAAGCCAAUUUUACUCGAAGGCAGUCCUGGUGUAGGCAAAACAACGCUGGUUGCCGCAUUGUCCCAGGCAUGUGGCCGACCACUGACAAGAAUCAACUUGUCCGACCAGACUGACUUGAUGGAUCUUUUCGGUACCGAUGUCCCUGUCGAGGGUGAAGAAGCUGGAAAUUUCGCGUGGCGAGACGCUCCUUUUCUCCAAGCAAUGCAAAAGGGCGAAUGGGUCCUUCUAGAUGAGAUGAAUCUUGCAUCACAGUCUGUUUUGGAAGGCUUGAACGCAUGUCUCGAUCAUCGUGGUGAGGUGUACAUCUCCGAGCUCGACCAGGUUUUCCAGAGGCACCCCGACUUCCGCUUGUUCGCAGCUCAGAACCCUCACCACCAAGGAGGUGGUCGCAAAGGUCUGCCAAGCUCUUUUGUGAAUCGUUUUAUCGUCGUCUAUGCGGAUGUCUUCAAAGACGAGGACCUGAAACUCAUUGCCUCCCACAACUUCCCUCAGCUUAGUGAAGAUGUCAUAGCUCAUUUAAUUGAGUUUGUGUCCAGGCUCGAGCACCAGAUUGUGGUCGAAAAAACGUUUGGCUCUCAAGGGGGCCCCUGGGAGUUUAAUCUUCGCGACGUGCUAAGAUGGCUACACCUUUUGAGGUCCUCCGAUCCCUUUCUCAAAACUGCCCAGAUGGACGAUUUCCUUGACAUUGUUGUCAGGCAACGAUUCCGCACAUCGAGAGAUAGGGUAGAGGUGGACAAGUUAUUUGCCCGUGUCAUUGGAUGGGAACCACGAGCCCACAAUCACUUUCAUAACUUGAACUCACAGUUCGGUCAAAUAGGUUUUGCUGUAUUACCCAGGAACUUGAAUGUACAACCCGAGGGUUUGCCGAACAUCAAUAUCGUUCCUCGGCUUGCUGAACUAGAAUCUAUCAUGACUUGUGUGAAACAGAACAUUCCAUGCAUCUUGGGGGGUCCUUCAGGAUAUGGCAAGUCAUCUUUGCUGAGCUAUGUUGCUGCCCUGUCUGGUAAACGGCUCGUGGUGUUUCCAAUGAACGCAGAUAUCGAUACCAUGGACCUCGUUGGUGGUUUUGAGCAAGCUGAUCCUCUCAGGGAAGUCAAUGCAGCCCUGGUUGAUCUUUGCGAAUACCUGCAAGAUUCCGUCAUGACUCUCGUCCCAUCAGCCGCUCCUGGAGAAGUUUUGCAUUUGUUGCAUCUUCUUCACAGACACAACGGUGACAAUGACAGCCUUACGGCUAUCCUGAUCUCGAUCAAAUCCUUGCUCGAACAUGUUUCGUCCGAUACUGAGGUGGGGGUAGCCCUCACCAGGGUGAAACAAUUAUUGGAAGGUCCUCUGGUCCUUGCGAACCCACGAUUCGAGUGGCUGGAUGGUGUUAUUGUCAAGGCUUUGGUCACUGGUCAGUGGCUUGUUUUGGAUAAUGCCAACAUGUGCAACGCCUCUGUUCUGGAUCGACUCAACUCCCUCCUGGAGCCUAAUGGAUUUCUGAGCAUCAAUGAGCAUUGUGACUCAGAUGGAAAACCAAGAAUCAUCAGGCCCCAUCGAGAUUUCAGGAUCUUCCUUACGAUGGAUCCUAAAUACGGCGAGCUCUCGCGUGCCAUGAGAAACCGGGCUAUCGAGAUUCAUAUUAAUUCUCCUCCACCAGAAUCGGUGCCGUGCCUGGACAAAGUUUCCGCCAUCGAAAGCAGACUUCAGCGAUAUCAUGAUUCAAGGCUGUCAUCAAAUGCCGCUGCUGGCGAUAUUUCGAUAGACACAUCCCAACUUGCCGUGGACAACCUGUCCCUGGAUGACAUGGCACUUCUUGAUCGGUUUGUGAAUCAAGGCACCACUGUCGAGACUUUGCGCUCUGCCUCCACUGAUUUGCUCCAGUUUCUCCAGACAAAUCAAGGGUCUCAUAUCUUGCGCAAUAUAAUGCAACUCUACGCAAGACUUUCGUGCGAUACUAUCGCGGACUUUCCCCAGGCGCUGCCUAUUCAUCCAUUGAAUAAUCAAAUUGCGAUUAAGUUGCUUGAGAACGAAACAUCAGCGCACUGGAUGGGAACGUGUUAUGAGACCUCUCGCCGUCUGCAUCGUAUCCGUCAAAUCAUCAUGAAACACCACAGCCAAGCUCAGACUGCGAAACUAGGCUCCUUGAGUCGCUUACAACGAUCUCUCAUCAGCGACCGGGUUGCUGCUGUAUCUAAAGACUCCACCGUUAAGCUUGCAGGAUUCCUCUCGUCGAUAAUGGCCUGCAUUGAGAGAUACCUGGAUCAGGCGGUAGACUCAACCGAAAGUUUUCUCGCAAGACGUCACCUUCUUGAGAUCCUUGGGCUUUAUCUUGAGUUGACAAUUUGUCUGUCUUCGAGCCAUGAGUUUGAUGAGGCCUACUUUCAGGCCCACAUUGGCCUUGGUAUAAGAAAACUUGAGGAAUUUAGCCAGAUGAUGACGGGGGAUACCGACUCUACUUUCCUGUCCCUGGCCCUUGGCCAACUGCGGAGUGACUUUAACUCUGGCUUCCAGCUGUCCACUGGUUUGAGCAUGGAGGUCCUGUGGAACACGUUCAGACCCAUCCCCAUUGCGAACAAGGCUGUUUUCGAUCGCUCAGUUGAAGUCGACCAACUGGCCGCGAGAUUUGAUACCCUUAGGUGGAAGGCAUCUGCUUCCAUCUUCGACUUGUCCAAAGCUCAGCAAACUCUGGCAACGGCUUACAGGAUUGUCAGAGAUGACUCUGUUCCUGCCGAACAACUUGUGGCAGAUCUGACUACGGCAAUUCAAGACCUCGAAACCCGCAUUGGACAAGAAGCGCAAGAGACGGUCCCGUUUUUUGCGAGUGAAUGUGAGAACCUGAGACAGUUGUUCAUGCUUCGAUCCUUGGCCAGUGACUCGCGGACUCCCGAGCUCGAUAACCAAUUAGUCAUUUUGUCAAACCUACCUACCAAGGCCAUUAUGACGCUUGCUAGCGCCUCUGAUAGAGCAUUCAAUCUACAGUCUCUUUCUUACUUGGCUCACCAGAGCGUCUUUUCUUGGGACGGUAAACUGACUACAUCUUUGUGGCAGAAACUUCAUGGCUUGCGGAACGUCAAUCUGAGCUCUUUGGCUCUUCUGGAGACAGAACUGCCCGUUGUUGGGAAGCAUUUAACUAGAUUAAGUCCAGAAAUUUCAGCAGAUCCUCUUGUCAAUCUUAAUGAUCUGCUUCGGAGAUUGAUGUUGGACGCCUUUGGAGCCCAUGACUCCCCACUGCAGGACACCCUGAGUGCUAUAUUCUCGCAGGCUGAGGCCAAUAUCAGCUCGAUUUCCACGGUUGCUGUGGAUGGGCUCGGUUCCAAUACCGCUUUUAACGAUCUUCUUCAAGAUAUUGAAGCUGUACAUCUUCGACAAGCCACAGCGGAUCAUUUCAUUCCGUCGGUUGCGGGAAUUAUUGCCUCGAAAGCCAAUCCAAAUAAAGCCGCCUAUUUUUCGGCUCUUGCAUGGCUUCAAUUCAGCAUUGGUUUAGUCAAGCUCUACGUUCCCGACCGCAUCUUCGAUCCCCAGCUCCAGCCGAAAGUGGAACUCAAGUUCUUUGAACAGCUCGAGGCUUCAUUGCAGGGAAAGCUAGCCGCGUUGAAGGCCUUUCAAACCAGCUUCACGGGACAAGAAACAAGCGCCAGGAUUCAAUUAAUCCAUCUACAGCUUGAUAAGCUUGGUCCGGCACCAAAGGAAAUCCAGCCUGUCUUCCGCCCUGAGAGAUCCGAGCUCCACCAACUUCAUGCUGAAUUCUCAAAUAUCCUGAAGACAAUCACCGGGUCCAGUCUAUCCGGCGUUAUGAAGGGCCUCAACUCGGAAUCAGACGACGGGGUUGCAGGUGCUCUACAUCUAAUUCGGGAAAAUGUUUCUCGAUUGGUAGAUCGCCUUUCUUCCCGGUUUGAAGCAUAUCAAGAUAUGGGACGACCUACUGUCAACAUUCUUCGUUGUCUUUUAGUUGGUCUCUCGCUCUGCGACACUUCCAAGGCUGCGAAUCUAGAGCCAUCUGCUUUGCAACUCGUAGAAUCCACACCAUUUUUCGGCUUCAAGACACAGGAUGUCUCGUCCGACCGCGUAGGGACCAAAUCAUUUGAAUUCCUCAGUCUGAUGAGCGCAAAUGUGGCGGUCGGUGGUCUCCAAGGUCUCUCCUCGGCCAAUCGAGAGGCUGUGUUCGAAUGUUUCCACAGCUUCUACGAUGACUGGAACAAAAAACUCGAUGCUGACAGGAAAGCUGAGGCGGCACGAACUAGCAUGUAUCGCUUCCGGGGCACUCUUGAAGAUGAAGAGGAAUUUGAUGCGAUCGAGUUCAACGAGCUAUUUCCCACCUUCGAUGACGAAGAUUCCACUGUUCGCAAGGAUAUUAAGCCAGACCAAGUUCGAGAUACAUCGUUGAAGGUGGCGGAUUCGCAUCGCAGAAUCUUUUUUGAGCGACAAGACCCUCAGGAUGCACUUCGAGAAUCAUGCAUGGCCACCGGUCAACGCGUCGUUAAUGAGCUGCAAGACUACACAUAUAUCGAUCGGAGUAUCAACUCGAAUAUGUUGGCAAGCACACUGCUUCUUCUGGGCGAGAAGAUGGACGAGCUACAAUCCUCAUCUUCUACGAAGACGUACAACUUCUACACCGAUGCCAGCUUAGCUGAAGCACGGCAGCUUGUUUCUUUGACCCACCAGAUCAAGGCUCGCUUCCGCGAGCUGCAACUUGUAGAUGAGAUUGGUCACAUGCAGCCUUUGGCUGAUGUGAUUCGAUCUUGCGACAAGCUCUUGGAACAAGUCCAUGGGGAGCCGUUGGCCAAGCUUCUACCAAAGGUCGAACAGCUGCAUGCUCACGUUUACGAAUGGCAAUUUGGAGGAUGGGCUAGCAAAAAAUACGCGGUCCUUUCCCUUCACGACUCGCUUACCGACACUGUCAUUCGAUGGCGACGUCUCGAGCUUUCAACAUGGGCGAACCUCUUCAAUAUGGAGCAGAAAAAAUGCCAAGAAGACGCUUAUUCUUGGUGGUUCGUCGCUUACCAAGCCGUAGUUGCUGUUCCACUAACCAUGGUAGACUCGCGUUCCGAAAUGCAAGCCUAUGCCAAGUCGUUGGUCGAGAAUCUGGAAUUGUACUUUUCAAGCUCCAUUGUUGGCCAGUUUAAACCUCGCGUUGCCCUGCUCCGUCAACUAUUGAGCCACCUCAACAUGUUGGCGCAAGAUUAUCCUGCUUUAGAUACUAUUUGCGUAGCGGUGGACAACUUUGUGCACUAUUACACGCGAUAUGAAAAGACGGCCGAGGAGGCCAUCCAGAAAGGCCGAACCCCAAUCGAGAAGAAGAUGAAAGAUGUUCUUCUCAUGGCAAGCUGGAAAGAUACCAAUAUCAAUGCCCUUCGGGAGAGUGCCCGCAAAUCUCACCAGAAGCUGUUCCGGCUGAUUCGAAAAUUCCGAGGAGUUUUAGGCCAAGAGAUGAAGAUGUUUAUGGCGCAAGGGCUUCCUGAUGAGAGUUUGACCAUCGGGACAAGUAUGGAAUCUGAACCCGUUGCAUCGGACCUGCCAAUGGUUAAAAUAGAGGCGCUGGAUGCAAUGCUACCUGGGUGGCUUCCGGAUCAUAAGAGGCUUGCCAAUCUGCCAAAGACCAUCUCCGUGAUGAGGAAGAUCACAUACAGUCCCGAUAUGUCAAGCAACAUGUCAAACCUUGUUCUGGAUUUUGUCACUGAGCUGAAUACGUCAAUGGCUGAGUUGCGUAAGGAGACGCCAUCAAUUCUCAAUGACGAAAACAAGGACCAAGUUAAGCAUCUCAAGACAAGAAAACGAAAACUCUUUGCGGAUACGCUACGAGAUCUCCGAACGAUGGGGCUACAGCAUAAUUUAUCACAAGAUAAGUUGGCGGAGCAAAAUUCACUGGCUGUUGUUCUGUCGUCACUCACGGCAGUCAAGUCCCCCGAUUCAGCAGCAGCGAAGGAAGCCGAGUACUAUUUGCACAAAACGUUAGAUCUUGCGCCGAGGGCUAGAGAGGCUUCUCGAGAACAUUCUGAUGAUCUCACUGGUGCUGAGGUGGCAAGAAGUAUAGGGUUCGUUGAGGGUUUGAUUAGCUUCAACCUCACCCAACGUCAGAGCCUUGGCGCCGCUAGUCAACUCCGGGAAAGUUUGCAGCAGGCAAUUCAGGAAUUCAAAAAUCUGGGCAGCGCUGCGAAGAACGGUACGCUUCUUCACCAAAGAUUUGACGGCGACUGGACACACUUGGUGCAAUGGCUUGGUCAUGGCAUUAAAUUUGCUAUCCGUCUUAUUGAGAUACACGGAAAAAUUGGAAACAUUGAUAAUAAGGCCGUGGUCCUGGAAUUGCAGGAGUGGGCAACGCGCAUGGCAACUAGAUCUGCAGCGGCUACAACCUUGGUGCAGUUGCCCGUUGGAAUCAGUUCAGUGGCACAUGACAAGAUGAGAGAAGAUGUAUUAAAAGAUUUGGAUGAGAUUGAUCACAGAAUUGGUCAAUUGGUUGAAAUUCGUGAAGAUUUGGCAUUCAUUCUUUCUCAUCUUAAAACCUGGACCAAGACUGAAUCCGAAAGCCACGACAAUUCUAUCGGAGACACAACCUUGGAUACAUUCGCCAACGCCGUGUCCAGUCUGGCUGACACAGUACUUGUCGCGAUUGAAACUGCCAAGAGGAAGGGUGUUGUCGUUCCCAGAGAGCCUGGCGAGCCAGGCUGGUUAACGAAACAUUGUGAGGCCUUCUUUGCCAUGAUCAACCAGUUGCGGAUGAAUAACGUGGAGCGAACAGUCCGCCGUUGUACUGAUAUGAUACGACAAAUUCAACUUGACGACGGGCAAACAAGCACCGCAGCUGCGUGUAUCAUCAACCUUGCUUCCCCGAUACUGGACCAGUUCUUGACGCUUUGCUCGCGUUCCAUCGGUCAGGGGUUGGAAAUGCACCGCGCCUCAGCACACAUGGCAUACAAUUUGACCAAGGCUUUUAAUCAGAUUGUUUCCCAAGGUUUCUGCACACCUCAGGAAAAGUCGGACGAAAUAUCGGGUGAUGCUGGACAACUAGAGGCUGGCACUGGUCUGGGCGACGGGGAGGGUGCACAGGACAUCAGCAAAGACAUUCAACCUGAUGAAGAUCUUACGGAAUUGGCUCAAGAAGCCAAUAAGGAGAAGAAUGAAGAUAUCCAAGACGAAAAGGACGCAGUGGACAUGGCAGACGAAGAUCUGGAAGGAGAACUGGGCAGCGUUGCUGGAGAAGAUGAGGACGAAGGUUCCCAGAAAGGUGAUGAGACAGAGGAAGAGGAGAAUGACAUGGAUGAAGAGGCUGGUGAUGUUGAUGACCUUGAUCCUACGGCAGUCGACGAGAAGAUGUGGGACGGCAAUGAUGAUGAUAAUGCUGACAAAGACCAACAAGGAAACGAAGCGAAGGGUCAACAACAAGAUGACGAGCAAAUGGCAGCCGAUGAGGAUAUAAAGCAAAAGGAUGCCGAGAAGGAGCCUGAAGUUCGUGAGGAGAAAGAACAGCCCAAGGAAGGAGAAGAGGAAGAAGAGGCUGAAGCUGAGGAAGAAGAUGUACAUGCCCAAGAGGAGUUGAAUCGGCAAGACCAAAAUGUCCAGGAGACUGACGCGCUUGAACUUCCCGAGGACAUGGAACUAGAUUUUGACGACAAAGAGGAAGUCUCAGAUGACGAUGACUUGGACGACCUAUCCGACCCUGAAGGCGAGGCCGACCAGCCUGAAGAGCAACCAGCUGAGAAGGAUGAAAUUGGUGAGGAUAUGGAGGAUGCAGCGGGACAGCAGUUGAAGGAAGAAGCUGGAGAAGUCGAAGAUGAGAUCAGCGAGGACGAGGAGGAAGUCCCCGCUGGUGCUGAUGAAGUGAAGGACGAAGUGGAAUCUGAUGUGGACGACGAAGCAGAAGAGGAAAGCCAGGAAGAAACGGCUCACGAUGUGACCCAACCUCCACAGGACAAUGCAAAUACGGAUGUUGACAAUGCCGCUCCCAGCGACGUCAAGAGCACUGGAUUGGAUCAAAAUCAACAGUCAAUGGAUAUUGACGACAAAUUCCAAGCGCAAGCGGCACAACAGGAGCAAGGAGAUAUGGGAGAUGGUGCAGCCGACCAAGACACCAGUGCGGGUAGCAAAGGCGCUACGUCUCGGUCAAACGAAACUGUAGACAAGAGUCAACAAGAAGACGACGACGAAAAUUCCUCAAGGAGCGACCCGUUUCGCAAAUUGGGCGAUGCGUUGGAGAAGUGGCAUCGUCAGAAUGCAGAUAUCAUGGAUGCGAACCAGGAAGACACCAAUAAUCAGAAGGCAGACGAAAGAAAAAAUGCUGAACAGGGCCGACAAGAGUACCAGCACUUGCAGAACGACGAGGCAGCCGCCGAUACGCAAGCAAUGGGAAAUGCCGAGGAAGAUGAGGUGCAGCCUAUUGAUGAGGCCAUGGCUAUCGAUGACGAAGGCGAGAAGGACGACCCGACAAGCAACCGAAUGGAAGAGGACGCAGAUGAUGAAGCCAAGGAGGCACCAGACAAAAUGGAUCUUGGAGAUUCUGGGGAGACUCUCGAGGCAGAAAAUAGCAAAGAAGCAGAUGAUGGUCGGACAGGCGUACAAACUCGACAGGGCAACUACAACCGAGAAAAAACACCAUCUGAAGCAGAUGGCGGAGUUGCAGAAGAUGGCGAGCCGGACGAUGGGCCGAUUGAGGAAACAUCGGAACAGCUGUCUACAACGCACAUUUCCGAUGAAGCACGGGUUCUUCGCGACUACGGAGAGUGUCUUCAGCAGUGGACAGAGUUCCAGACCAAGUCUCAUGCGCUUUCAUUGAACCUGACUUCUCAGCUGCGGCUCAUUCUGACGCCGUCUCAGUCCACCAAGCUUUCGGGGUCGUUCAGGACCGGAAAGCGACUCAACAUCAAACGCAUCAUCCCAUACAUCGCGUCCAGCUACAAGCGUGAUAAGAUUUGGAUGCGGCGUGCCAUCCCGACCAAACGAACGUACCAGAUUCUCCUCUGCGUGGAUGACAGCAAGAGCAUGGGAGAGUCCUCGUCGGGAAGCUUGGCCAUGGAAUCGCUGGUGAUGGUGUCGAGGUCUCUGACCAUGCUAGAGGCCGGGCAGGUUGGCGUGGUCGGGUUCGGCGGCGAUGUCUUCACGGCUCACGAGCUCACAGACCCGUUCGCCUCGGACGCCGGCGCCAAGGUGCUGCAAAAGUUCAAUUUCGACCAGGACAGCACCGACAUUGCGCUGCUCAUCCGGCAGACGAUUGACAAGUUCCGCACGGCGAGGCAGCAAUCUGGAGGCAAUUCAGAUCUGUGGCAGCUGGCUUUGAUUCUGUCAGACGGACUGACGCCGUCUCCGGCGCACGAGGCGAUCCGCAGGCUUCUGCGUGAGGCCAUGGAGGAGAGAAUCAUGAUUGUCUUCAUCAUCAUGGACGACACUGGCAAGAAGAAGGGCGACAGCGUGCUGGAGCUCAAGGAGGCCAAGUUUGUCAAGGACGACAACGGGGAGAGCAGGGUGGUGCUUAAGCCGUAUCUGGACACUUUCCCCUUCCAGUACUACUUGAUUGUACACAACUUGGAGGAGUUGCCGACUGCACUGGCGGGCCUGUUGAGGACGUGGUUUGCCGAGGUCACGUCUUGA